AACCAAUCUCGAUCCAAGCACGGCGAACCCCACCGCUACACUCACACUCACAUCGACAAUGCUUCGCUUGCAAUUCUUCCGCGCUCGCCUUCUGGUCUCCUCCGCUCGGGCCUUCUCUUCCUCAGCCGCUCGUCCCUCCUUCAUCAGCCGUAAAGACAACCAGGACCUUCCCUCGACCACUCAGGGCCAUGCCGUGGACAAGGACGAUCCCAAGGACGUGCAGUCAGAGAACGCUCGCGCUGGUAUCGAGGACAAGAAGAACCAGAGGACCAGCGCUGCUGCCAGUGCUCAGGGUGAGGACAAGAAGCCUGGAAGCGAGACCGCGUCGCCAAACAAGGCACCAGGGUAUGUUUCUCCGAUCGAAAAUGCCACAAUCUACAUGAUGCUAAUGCUUUUACAGGGGUGGUGUCAUCGGAAUGCAGGAUGAGCGUGGUUCCUUGAGGACGGACAACUCUGAGAAGUCGUAAGAUAUUGAUGCAUGAGGAUGGAUUGCGAUGGCGAUGGCGAUUGCAACGGUGAUUUUGUACGUUAGGAGAACGAGAAGGUUUCAUUAUUAUAAGCGAAUACGAACGUUCAACAAGUACACGGGGCGUUUUCACAAUAUCCAUAUUGCUGCUGUCAUCAAAUUGAUGGCACCCCUGACUCGGCAACU